CCUGGCGGUUAAAAACGCGGGCGCGAUUCCAACAUGUUUCGUCAGAAUUCGGGUGGGUUUGGAACGAAAACGCACCAAGUUUGUCAGGCGCAGUGUGUAUUUUCAUGAAUAUUAAAAAGGUGAAAAUAUUUAAAAUUGAAAAUAUGAUGAAGUAAUUGAAGUGAAACAAUUAUUUUCUGAAGUAUGAGAAUUUACUUAAUACAAAUCUAAUAAACAUGGAAAGAAAAUACAUAUUUUUUGUAAAAUGUUUAACGAUUUGUUCAAUGUAUGUUCAUUAAUAAAUAGGGAUUUAUUCAUGUUUAGUAUCGAAUAUUUUUCACGAAAAUUAUUAAAGUUUAUGAUUUAAGCUUGUCCCAAACUUAACUUACCGCGCACCCAAAUCAAAUAUAGGUGUAAAGCUCUUAUGUACAUGUACAUAAAAUAAAUAAAGCAUUUACCCAUUUAAAGAAACGUUCAUAGGCGAAAAUAUAUACAUAAUUGUAUAGUACGUUCUUGUCUAUGUGAAAACUUUGAUUUUCCUCGCUGGGUCGAUCGGAUUUACAUAUGACUAAAGAGUCUAAAUAGAUAACAUCUGAUGCUUUUAAAAUUACUAAAAAGUAAAAAUGGUCUUUUAACGGAAGAAAAACCUACAAUACGUACAAUUACAAUUUUAUUCCUUGGAAAUAAUCCGAAGAACCAGAAAACUAUUUCAUAAAAGGAUAAACUCAAGAAUAAAAAAUUCAAAAAAUCAGUACAGUUUUAUUACAUUAAAUCAAGAUAAUAAUAAAUAAUGUCAGAUUUAGAAAGCGGAGAUGAAGGAAUCUCAGGAUCAAAGUACAAUAUGGGAAAUUUGGAAGGUUCGACUAGAAACGAAUUCGACACUACGUGCAAAGGUAAACUGGCGUUGUUUUAUUUAACAUGUCAUAAAAUUUUAUCAACAAUUUUAGUUGGCACUGGAGUGGAGCAAGAACUGGCUACUAAAAUGCUUCAAAUACAAUCAAAGCGGUUUUAUCUUGAUGUUAAACAAAAUCGAAGAGGACGUUUUAUAAAGGUUGCCGAGAUAGGUGCAGAUGGCAGACGAAGUCAAAUUUAUUUGGCACUUUCAACUGCAGCUGAGUUUCGAGAUCAUUUAUCAUCAUUUAGUGAUUACUAUGCUUCUCUAGGCCCUCCGAACACUGACAAUUUACCUGAAGAUGGUAAACUAAAAUCUGAGAUGAUGAUAAAGGAUUAUAGAAGAUAUUAUUUGGACUUAAAAGAAAAUGCCCGCGGACGUUUUCUUCGGGUCUCUCAAACUAUAACUAGAGGAGGACCUAGGUCUCAAAUAGCCUUACCAGCACAGGGCAUGAUCGAGUUUCGAGAUGCACUGACAGAUUUGUUGGAGGAAUUUGGAGCUAACGAUGGCGGAUUCAAAGGGGACUUACCAGAAGAGCGGCAUAUGAAAGUGGAUAAUAAAAAUUUUUAUUUUGACAUCGGACAAAAUAACAGAGGAGUAUAUAUGAGAAUAAGUGAAGUAAAAAAUAAUUUUCGAACUUCGAUAACUAUACCGGAAAAGUGCUGGAUUCGCUUUCGAGAUAUUUUUAACGAUUAUUGUGACAAAAUAAAAAAAUCCGACUCUAAUACUGCCGAUAUUAAUUUACCGACGACCUCAAAUAGUCUUAAAUAAAUGGGAAAAAUAAAAAGGAGAACAGAAUGUAAAAUCAGACAAGUCUAGCUCUAAGCAAGAGCCUUUAGCAAAUGACCAGCUAAAUUGUACUGUUGCAAUAACAAUUUAAAACCCCAAAAUAUUGGGAAAAAUAAAGCCUAACAAGAUAUUCAUUAAAUAAAAUAAAGUAGCAUUUGAGAAAAUAUACAUUGACCAUUCAAUUUGUCUAUUAUAUGUAUUAAUUAUUACUGCUUCGAUUGUUCUUAUGUAAAAAUAUUACUCUUUACAAAUAUUUAGUAUAUGAGUAUAUCAUACCGUGUAAAUGCGUACCAUUACGUUAACCUUGGUAUAUUUAUUGGAUUUCGAACGUAUUAAUAGUAUUACUCUCGUUUCUGUAAUACUAUUUUCCACCUUUGACGCUUUUUUGUACAAAGAUUAUAAUAAUACAAUUUAGUUCAAGUCACAGUAUAAAAACAUUUCACGAAUUUAUGAAUUGUUUUAAAACAUUUUUAAAGACUAUUUAAAAUUUUUUAACAAAUUUCCUAGUUUCAAAUAUGCAGAUUCUAGACUUAUGAAAAAUAUUAUAAAGUAUAUAACUCUUACAAGCGUUUUUAAAACCAAAUUUCAAUGUGAUCACCUAGAUUAAUGAAUCUUACAAAGUACGAUUAAAUGCAUAGCAAAUUAUAACUUAAACAAAUGCGUUAAAUAGAAACCCGUUGAAUGUCCCAAAGAUUUAUGGUUGCAAAAAUAGUAAUAAUUAAAUAGUUAUAAUUACAUGUUAAGUAAUACAAAUUAGAUGUCAUUUUAAUAACGCGAAAAGGAAAAAAACUAAAAUAAACGAAUAACCUGGACGAUAUAACAUGACACAUACAACAUAUAUAACAUGAAUAAAAAGUCAAUAACAUUUUUGGUUUGUGAGAUUAACUAAAAAUGCGAAAAGGUCCUACAUUUUAGUUGGAGUUGCUCUGACUACACACUCGCAGUUCUUAUAUUUAGCUUUUAAGUUUAAGAUACCUAUAUAUAGAGCCACAUCAAGUAAAGGAUUAUCUUCAAUGUUGUUCGGAAACAUUACAUAUUUUAUAUUUUAAGAGUUUUGUGAAAGUAAUAUCAAAAUAAAGUUGAAUUAAAUGUACCUAAAUCAAAUUUUAA